AUGAGCCAAUUAUUCUGCAGAAGAGACACUUGGGACAAUGCGGGAUUUGUGAAUGAUUUGGAUACGCGUGUAUCGUGUUUGAAUUCGUUGUGUUCGCGCGCGGACAGCGUAAGGACGUACCGUCAGCUCGGCAGGCAGUACGCCACUGAGUGGUCGCUCCGCGUUCGCUCAGCGGAUCAAGUCACCGCGGCUCCGCAGACAAGCGGGCGUGCGCCGACCAAACCAACGCUACGGAACUUGAGGAUUCUUCAAUGUUUGUGGUGGAAUUGGGAAAAGUUGCGAAGGGGAGAACAGAAGAAGUGGGGGCAAGGGUGUGAACUGAACCUGCUCCUCCGCUUUAUGAAUUGUCGCCGAGCGCCGAGAGCCGAGUGCCGAGCGGUCACCCACUUGCGAGUUGGCGACACCAAUACCGAGUGCCGAUGUUUCGCGAUCAUAAAUAUUGAACUUGGAAAAAAUUGCAGCCCGCACUGCGGCUGCGGAUAUUUACUGUUAUUACUUGCUUGUUCCGCGACACUGAUUAAAACUCUCCUUUAUAUUUAUUUGAAACAAGAUCGUAACCGGAAAGUUCAAGGUAUAUUUCCUAAAAGUUUUUGUAACUAA